AUGACACCUCAAGCGUUGAUUGGACGUGCAGCAAGCAAUACAAUCAAAGAAUAUCUCAAACAGCAAGAUCGAGUUGAGCUAAAUAUUGCUGUGACAGGCCCGUCUGGUUCUGGAAAGUCCACAUUUGUCAACGCUUUCAGAGGAUUGGGGGAUGAAGAUGAAGACUCUGCUGAAACUGAUGUUGUGGAGACUACCAUGGAACCUAAAGCUUACCAUCAUCCAAAAUACCAAAAUGUGAAAUUGUGGGAUCUUCCUGGAAUUGGAACACCAAACUUCAAAGCCGAUGAGUACCUUAAAGAUGUUCAGUUUGAACGCUAUGAUUUUUUCAUCAUCAUUGCUUCAGAACGGUUCAGAGAAUGCCACAUCCAGCUCGCCAAGGAGAUCAUGAGAAUGGGGAAGAAGUUUUACUUUGUUCGCUCCAAGAUCGAUCAAGACAUUAAUAAUGAAAGCCAUAAAAGAAACUUUGACCAAAAAAGGAUCCUGGAUAAAAUUCGGGAGAACUGUAUAAAUGGGCUAAAAGGAAUAGGGAUGGAUGAUCCUGCCAUAUUCUUGAUCUCUGGCCAUGAUCUUAGCAAGUAUGACUUCAAUCUUCUGCAGGAGCAGAUGGAGAAAGAGCUUCCACAGCAUAAGAGACACGUGCUGAUUCUGACUCUGCCAAAUAUCACACUGGAUGUUAAUGAGAAAAAGAAGGAAGCUUUAAAGAAAAACAUAUUCAAAGUAGCCUUAGUGUCUGCUGUUGUGGCAGCGGUUCCUGUUCCUGGUCUUUCGAUUGCAGUAGAUUUAAGCAUUAUAAUGUAUGAGGUAGGAAAGUACUGCAGUGUCUUUGGUCUGGAUGAGAAAUCUCUGAAGAACCUCUGUGAACAAUCUGGGCAAAGCAUGGAGACUCUGCAGGCACUGAUUACCUCAGUUUGGUAUAAAGGAUAUUUGACAGGUUCACUCUUAAGUGAACUGCGUGAUGCAACACUUCUUGUAUCUGAAGAUGCUGUUGAGCGUGUUUUUAGCUUUAUACCCAUGAUCGGCUCUGUGGUGGCAGGAGGACUCUCUUUUGCUACUGUCUAUUUCAUGCUAAACAAAGCACUAAAUGAUAUAACAGAAGAUGCCAGGAAAGUGCUAAUGGCUGCAUUUCAGACUUUAUAAUAAGGUUUUGUAGAUAUUGGAAGAAAAAACUUUAUACUGUAAAUGUUUGUAAAUGUAGGUUAAUUAUAGCUGCUUUAUGUCUUUAAAGCAAUGUGCUCUAAAGUCAGUACUCUAUCUCUUUCCAAAACAGACAAUCUGAGUAAUAAUUGGCACACAAACAUCUGAGUACAUUUAGGCUUGUAGGCGUUGGCAUAACUGCUGUGAUGACUGGCCCCUUAAAAUGCCAACCAUGGUUUUAAUUAUAUGCAAUUUAUAUGCAAUUUUCUCG